AUGCGCAAUCUGCUGCUGAUGGGGACACAAUGUCCACUUGGCUUUCUUGUUGUCGUCGUCUUCGUUUCUGAAGUCUCCCGUCUCCUCUUGUCCAUUCUUUACCCACCAUUGACAUUCGUCAAGUACACUCGUUUACCAAAGCCCUGA